AUGGCCGAAUUUACUAUUUCCGAUGAUGUUCUUGCCAACAUCAAAGACCAAGUCAUCUUGAUCACGGGUGGAUCGUCUGGCAUCGGUCGAGCGACCGCCCAAGUCUGUCUCGAUCAAGGUGCCAAAGUGGUCAUCGGAGACUUGAACCCUCCUCCAUCCGACUCCAACUCCGACUUCCAAGAGACCGACCGCAUCAAAUUCAUCCAAGUCGACGUGACCUCGUGGGAAAGUCUGCGCAAUUUAUUUGAUCAGACGAACCAGCUCUUCGGUGGAAUCGACCACGUCUUUGCCAACGCCGGCGUUGGCCCAACCACCGAUUUCCUGGACGUGACCCUUAAUGAAGCGGGUCACCUCGAGCCCCCUAAUCUGCGCACGAUCAACGUGAAUCUCAUCAGCGUCUUGUACACUAUCAAUCUGGCUUCGGCAUACAUGAAGCAGCUCGCUAGUCGUCGUCCAGUAAACAAGACCGGGAGUAUUGUCCUGGCGGGCUCGGCGUCUUCAUAUCAAACCUUCACGGCGGGAGACUAUACGAUCGCCAAGCAUGGCGUUGUCGGCAUGGUUCGCGGGUUGAUGGUCAAGAUGGAGAACGAGGGUGAGAUCCGACUGAAUGCCAUAGCUCCAUCGUGGACGGACACGGGGAUGAUACCGGCGCAAGCGAUUCGCGAUCUGGGGGUUCCGGUGCAAUCGGCCGCGACGGUGGCGAAAAGCGUGGCAUUGUUGUUUGCGGAUGAGAAUCGGCAUGGCGAGGUGAUUUACAGUGCGGGGGGCCUGUAUAAGGAAAUCAAUAAGGCGGAGGGAGGUUUGGUGUCCGCGGCGGAGGCUUUGAAUUUCCCUAGCGAUCACCCGGAUGAUGUUGUAAGGGUGAUCUUCGGGCAACUCCCCAAGCCAUGA